AUGCUGAAAAUUGAGCUCAUGUAUGCCCUCUCGUUCUUCCUCAAGGAAUUGAUUAGCUGGAUAGUGUUGGCAGCUGACAUGAUUAUGCGGGCACCACGGGAGCCGCGAUCCUGCAGCCCGGAGACGGCAGCCCUCUACCAGGCUGAAGCACGACGUCUGGCCGCCUAUCCGAGUGCUCGAAUCCCCGAUGCAAACAGCCUGCCUGUAAUUGACCGAUAUGAUUGGCCCGCACCCCCAUCACCUGCUGUUGUUAUGAUUGACCGGCGUAAGUGCAACUACGUUCAUGCCUUUUUCCUAUGCCUCGUUCCUCCUCCUCCUCCUCCUCCUCCUCAUUUCAUUUCCUGUUCCACCAGUUCUUGUAUUCUUCCUCCAUACUUUAAAGCACAGUAUACUACCUCGCAUUCCUGCACUUCUUAUAAUCCCCACUCGUUAUUUUCUCUUCCUCCACUCCCUGAUGCCUUCCGAGUUCCCUUCGCCUCCGCCUCCCCCUCUCCCACAUCCUCCUCACCUAUGUAG